AUGCUCAAUAACAAUAACGACAAAAAUGCUAAUAAUAACUUUGCUGCACAAUCUUUCGUAGAUAAAGAUCAGAACUUAUUAACUGCUAAUUUCAAUAAUGUUGAGGAUCUCGAUCCUAUAAUUUUAGACUUUAUUGAGGAUAUUAAUAGUACCUCUAUUAACGAUACUGCUAUUUUCAGUGGAACUACCAGUAGCGAUAAUAAUAAUAAUAAUAAUAAUAAUAAUAAUAAUAAUAAUAAUAAUAAUAAUAAUAAUAAUAAUAAUACUAAUAACGCCCAAUAUGAAUUAACUUCUUUGGAAAGCAGAGAUACAAUAAAUCCAGUUUCUAAACAGAACAACGAUAAUACAAGACAUAGUAGUAAUAAUAUUAAUAACAGUAUUCCUGUUUCUACUACAACUUUAAAUAUUAAUUUGUCUCGAAGAAGGAGGCAUAGAAACUCUAGACUAGGUUGCGCUAACUGUAAAAAAAGAAAAAUUAAAUGUGAUGAAUCAUUACCUGAGUGUCAAAAUUGUAGUCAAGCUAAAAUUAGAAAUCCCUCGGUGGUCUGUUCAUAUUUGAAACUAAGUGCAAAAGAACUUGAAAAUUUGGCUAUUUUGCAAAAUGAGACUAAAUUAUAUAACUUAAAAGUGGUUAAUGUGAAUAAUAAUUUAUAUCCGAUUCUUAUGACUAAAAUGUUGUCUAACAACAAUUAUAGUUCUAGUAUGAGCAUUGAAGACUAUGUUGACGUCGAUGAAAUCCCCAUGAUUCCACAUUAUCCGAUAACUGUCCCUGCAUCUCAAAAAAGAAUAUUUGGUGUUGAAAUUGAAGAAGCUAUUGUUGCCCGAAAUUCUUAUCAAGAUCUGUUACAAAAUGGUCUCAAUUAUGCUAAUCAGGAUAGCAUUGAAGUUUAUCUGUUACCAGCUUUUCAAAAUCUAGAACAUGUGUUAAGAAACAAAAUCUUAAAAUUGCAAAAAUAUUGUAAUAGCAUCAAUAGUAUUAGUAAACGCAACAUCAAUGGCCUAGAAAGUAUCAUACUACGGGAGAAAACUUGCAUAGGAAAUUUAAAAUCUAUUAUACACAAGAAAGGUUUAGUUGCGCUGAGGAAAACAUUAGGUGAGAUCAUUAGGAUCUCUACUGGUCAUGAUAUUCAGAAAAAUAACAAUCUUGUACCUAUCUCCUUAACUACAUCUGCAAUAUGUGUGUCUUUUGUUUUCCAAAUUGUUGAUCAUGGUGUGGACUGUGGAAAGCUGUCUUAUACACAUUAUAAUUCAAUAAUUGAAUUCAGCACCAGUCUUGUUUUGGGUGCUCUAAAAUCUGGACAAUUUGAAAAGAUAGAUAAAAAUUGCUAUUUUGGUUUACUUUGCAUUAGUUAUAUUCCAGCUACUCUCUAUUUCCCGAAAUAUCCAAUUGACUGUUUAAUUGAAUUUAAAAGGGUGCUUGAUAGCUUUGCAACAGUUUUUAUCAUAGACAAUGCAGACACUACUACCAGCAGGUUGCAAUUCAGACAAGGGGUUGAAGAUUUGGGAUUAAAUUAUCUACUUUUAAAGGAUUUUUUAGAUUGGUUUUUACAUUUAUUUUCAACUUGCUAUGAUAUAAACAGAAGCCUAAGUUUGCCGAUUGAUAAAAUAAUUGAGUUGCGAAAUAAAUUUUAUAACAUGCUUCCUAGAGAAACUUACUGCAUUAUUAAUAUAAAUAAUAAUUUGCACAGAAAAUCCCAAGAUAUUUUGCAAACCUCCAUUAAAAAAGUGUUUUAUAGUUUUUAUCAUACUUUGGGCGUAAUGCUUAUCAACAUUUUGCCAGACAUUAUUUUUGUGUAUAGAACUGAAUUAAUUGGUGCUUCUACUUUUAAUGGUUUCUCAUAUUCUAAUCUUUUCAAAGGUGUCAACGGCAACAAUGAAUUAAAGCAAUAUUGCGAAUACUCCUUUAGAGUCUAUACUUUUUUCCAAAGGAGAUGGAUGUCCAUGUUGAAAUUUCCGAUCAAGAAAUUAUCACUCGAGAGAUUAAGGGCAGAUAUGACUGAAAGAUUUAAGGCUAGGCAUUUGAGAAAUUUAAGAGAAGUUCCUAUUAAGACAUUUAUCAAUACCAUUAUUGAAAGGAAACAUUAUUUCCAUAUAGAUCCAAUGUAUUCGGUAUUGGCAUCUAAGAUUUCUACUGCUAUUCCUACAGAUGUGACCAAUGUCGGAAAUAAUUAUACUGCUACUGCUACUGAUGAUGAUGAUGAUGAUGAUGAUGGGCACUUUUAUUGUAUUCCUAUUGAUGAAAGUUCAUUUUAUGUUGAUUUGGCUGAGGAACAACAGGCUAGUUCUCCUGAAUAUACUAGCAAAGGUGGUUCUUAUUCGUCAGAUACUUAUAAUACGGAAGAAGAAAAAGAAAGUCAGCUGUCAACUUCUUUAGUAGAUACCGGAAGUACCACAAUCACAGAUCAUUCAAUAGAUAGUGUUUCUUAUAUUAGUGGAACUGUUAAAAAUAAGCAACAGAAGGGGAAAUUGCCGUCCAUGUUAUUUAACAGAUUAACUGACAAGUCCGAUAUACAACAAAUUACUCAAGAAUUAGAAACCAUUUUAAAUUUUAGGCCAGUGACUAAUAAGAACAGUAAUAGUAAGAAUAAGAAUACGAAUAAGAAUUAUAACAAUGAUAUUGAUAAUAAACAGUUAACAUUAUUACCUAGUGGAUUAUAUGAGAUUGAUUUUGAUAUUAUGAAAUGUAACUUUGUUACGAUGAAAUUUGGUGUUCCUAUGCCUGAUUUCAGUAUUUUCCAAGAGGUAACCUUAGAUCGUCAUAUUAUUCUGUACAAAGAUGAUAGAGUUGUAAAUUACGAGGGAGUUAUUGAUGCAUUUAGUGUUUAG